AAACUUGGCAGGCGCCCAAACCCACUGAGUGUUUAGAUAAUAUGUGGAGUUGAUUUGUCGCGUAAUAGUUGAGAGUUGAAACUUGCUGGGAACACAUUUGUUCUCAAAUGAAUCAGGUGGGGAUCAAUGCAGUCAAUGAGCCUUUGAAGCCACCAAAAGAUGGAGAUAUUCAGUUCAUAGGGGGAGAAAAAGAAAAAGCCCAAAAUGGUGCUAUGAAUGCUGGAGAGAAUAGCAAGUCUUUUGGUGAGCAAGUCAAACAUUACGAACGAAAAAUCCGAGCAUAUAACAAGUCCAAAGACAAAGCAAACGAGGGAGAAGCAUUGAGCAGCUUAGGAAUACUGUAUUACAAAGCGUCAAAGUUCUUCGACGCAAGAAGCUGUCAUGAAAAACACCUUAAUAUUGCAAAGUCACUACAAAACAAGCGCGCGGAAAAGAGAGCGUAUUGUAAUCUAGGUUGUACCUACCGACGCAUCGGCGACUUAGAUCGCGCCGUCGAAUGUUACGAAGAAGGGCUUCGACUUGUGAAGGAGCUUAACGAUAAACUAGGAGAAGCGAAACUUUUGAAUAAUCUGGGAAACAUUUUCGAGCAGAGAAAUGACUUUGAUCAAGCUGUGUAUUAUCACCAGAGGAGACUACAUGUUGCGAAAGAACUAAAAGACUUGGAUGGAGAAAGCAAAGCUUGCGCUAGCUUGGGGAACAUUUAUCAUCUUCUUGGAAACCUCAGAGAGAGCAUAAACUAUUAUGAAAAGUUAGUUGCAUGCCUUAAAUAUAAACUAGGUAAGUGAAGAAGGGAAGAUAAUAGAAUAUCUCAACCAUUUUUUGACUAUAUUUAAUAUGCAAAUUCUACCUUUGUCGAAUUCUGCUUUGUCGACAGGUAAGUAGCCGGAGGUCAUCAAUUUUUCAUAUCAUUUAUAGAGCAGAGAUAUUUAGAGCGUAUCAAACCCUCAUAAAAAUAACCUGUCUUUAGUUAGUACCAACGCACGAAAGGCCACAAUUGAAUGCAACAUAAUGUUCCGUGUUAAAGAAAAAGCCUUUGAAACACGGAACGAAAAGCAACGUGAAGGGCUGACUGAUAGAGUAAUACUUUAAGGACGUCACUCAUUUACAUUCAGACCUAUUUUGACGGUUUUUUCAAAGUGCCCGGCUUUCUGAAGUUUGUACUUUAAUUUUUGGGGUUUUCAUGUGUGAAAAGUUUUGGCAAACAUACAGCAGAGUUAAUUUUUAGCAAUGAAAAAGGAUGAAAAUUAACUUAUUCAUGUCUAAUUGCAACAACAGCAGUACAAGAGCGAAAAGCCAAGAGCGAGAGCGGCGCAGAGACUGGUUCUUCCCCAGGAAGCUCAUCAAGCAUUACUCAAGAAAAAUCCAAGAAAUCGCCAGCGAAAUGCGGGGACGAUCGCGACGAACGACUGAGUAACAGCAGUAGGGGAAGUGAAAAAAGCGUAAAGAGCAACGGCAGCAGCGGCCGUAAGGCAUCGUCAGUUCACUGGAAAGGAGAUAGUUCAGUUGAAUAAGAUAAGAGAUCAAAUAGGGGAAAUGUAGCCUUUGACAAAAUGUCGGUGUUAAAACACCAGACUAAAGAACUAUUGCAGGAAACGGCAGGUCAAUCAAAAGCGUCCAUUUGAAUAGUUACACUACAGGCACUGUAAGUUGUAAGGUGGGAGGUAAUUCUGGAAAGUCUUGGAUUCCGCUUGCUCGAU